AUGUCUCGCGCUCAGGUCCAGAAGCGAUCCCCCGGCGGUGGCUGCGUCGUCAUGAAGUCCCCCGGUGGUGGCUGUGUCGUCAUGAAGUCUCCCGUCCCCAACGGCUGCGUGGUCACCAGAACCCCCGGAGCUGAGUGCAACAUUAUGAAGCGGUCUCCCGGCGGUGGCUGCGUCGUCAUGAAGUCUCCCGGUGGCGGCUGUGUCGUCAUGAACCCCGCUGACUUCUAA